AUGCAGACUGCUUCUACAAACAUUUGUGAAAGAAUAGGUCGCUCUCAGGAGCUCAGUGAAUUCAAGCGUGGUACUGUGAUAGGUUGCCACCUGUGCAAUAAGUCCAUCCGUGAAAGUUUCCUUGCUAAUAAAUAUUCCACGGUCAACAGUUAGUGGUAUUAUAACAAAGUGGAAGCAACUGGGAACAACAGCAAUUCAGCCACAAAGUGACCAGGGUCAGCGCAUGCUGAAGCGUACAGUGCACACAAGUUACCAACUAUCUGCAGAGUCAAUAGCUAAAGACCUCCAAACUUCAUUAGGCCUUCAGAUUAGCACAACACCAGUGCAUAGAGACCUUCAGGGAAUGGGUUUUCAUGGC